UGCGUCGGGCGCAUCGGCCGUGCGUGCUUGCGGUCUGCGUCUGUUGCACGCGACGCCGACCGGUGGGCCCACACCAGGAGGCGGGGACGCGGUAACAGGUGGCUCCGCGUCGCGGCAGGUGAAUCGUCGCCAGCUCGGGCUGGUAGUUUUUUUUAUUGUGCGCUUUUCGAUUACGGGUUCCCCCGCUCGACCAGUUUCUCAUUGUUUUCGCGCUGCUUAUCUCGGUUUGCCUGCCUCACGUCAACUUCAACCCGCUAAAGGUUGCACCAAGUCGACCAGCCAAUCCGUUUGCCUUCCCGACGUUGUCUAUCCCGAGGCAUGACGUCCGUGACGACGCGACACAGUCCUCUGAGGUAAGACAACGACGUCGUCCACGUCGGUGCCGAGGAGGAGGAGGAAGAAGAGAAGUGAUCACGCGAGGAAGAUUUAUUGUAACGUGUUGACGGUGCGCCCUCGACGGACGCAUGAAAGGUCGAGGCUGCGGUAAAAUCAAGAGUGAGACAAUGCCGCCGUCCUCGCACACUAACUGGACGAGGCCGUUGCUCAAGAGUGGACAGUCUACACAAAUGCAGGUAGUCAAGCAGCAGCAACCUAUGAUGACGACAACAGUGUCAAUGGCAACAUCAACAAUGACAUCCUCAAUGGGCACAGGAGCACAGAAUCAAAACUUAGGGGAGCAUCCCACAACGCCACUUGACAGAAGGAUUAAAGUAGUCUUGGUAGGUGAUGGUGCAGUUGGCAAAACCAGCUUAGUGGUCUCGUACUCUACGAACGGCUUUCCUGGAGAAUACGUACCAACUGCAUUUGACAAUUACAAUGUGGUCGUAAAUGUUGACGGACAACCUCUGAAUGUCCAGCUGUGUGAUACAGCUGGUCAAGAUGACUUUGAUCCCUUGAGAUCACUAUGCUAUCCUGAAACAGAUGUCUUCCUAGUUUGCUUCAGCGUGGUAUGCCCCUCAUCUUAUCAUAGUGUAACUUCCAGAUGGAUCAAUGAAGUUCGAAAAUACUGUCCCAAUGCUCCAAUUAUUUUGGUGGGGACAAAAAGUGACUUAAGAUCGGAUGUACGUCUAAUGCUGCAGCUGGCGAGAUAUGGCCAGGCGCCGAUUACUACUAUCCAGGGUCAUCAGUUGGCGCAGAGGCUAGGCGCCGUCAAUUAUGUAGAGACGUCCGCGUUGACGCAACACGACCUCAAGGAGGCCUUCGACCAAGCGAUAGUCAGUGCCCUCAAUACACGACGCGGAGGCGCCAGUUUACUAUAUCGGCGUAGGAAGCCGCCCCCGUUGUGGCGUAGAUGGUUGUGCUGCUGGGAACGGCCGUCGUCAAGUGAGACCUAAACGGUCCUAUUUUAAGUGAUAAAUACUUGAUGAUAAAUACUAUACUUUUUUAGAAUCCCUCUGUGAUCAUAGGCGGUCGCUCUCUUUUUUGUCAGAAUCGUUCAGCAUAGCACUCGGUAACUAUGUUGAUUGAGAAUUAUCAUGCGAAUAGAAAAAGAGGAAGAAAGAGACAACAGUUAACAUUUUGUUAUUUAGAUUUUAGGACAACUAUUAAUAGAUACUUCGUGUAAGAAUAAGAAUCGAGAACAUCCUUGUAGUUAUACACGAUGCUUCAAUGUGAUUCACUCAUCUUUAUGCAUCAUCUAACGUAAUUUUUAUACAUUUGUUAAAUAAGUUUUUUAUGCGUUUUAUAAACUAACAAACUGCCAGAACAAAAUGCCAAAUACAAUACUGUAAAACCGGAAGUGCCGGAAUACUUAGCUCAUGCGAAUGAUUAUUAAGAAUUGAAAGAAAAGAAGGCAUUUAACGUAAUUAAGAAUUGCCCAGUGUUUUAUCUUACCGAAUCCCGAUUUAUAAGGACUUGAUCGGGAACAAAUAUUAGUCGAAUCAAUAAUUCUGACAGACGGAGCGAGCGAGUGCCGCCUUUAUGAAAUUCCUGAAGCCGCACGGCAUAAUUUAUUGUAAUAUUAAUCGUAUUAAUCAUUAUUAUUUGUUACUAGCGUAAUAAUUGGCUACUCGCUGGUUGUGAUUUUUCGUCUCUGUAAUAUCCUUGUUUCAGUUGUUGCGGUAAAGAUCGAUUUCUUCCAACUCUGCCCAUCACAUCUUCCCUUAUUCAUAUCAAGGAUAUUAAGUGGCCCUUUUGCGACCACUAUGACGUAUAGCGAUUGUAUAUUUUUUACUUGUUGCGACCUCUCGUGCAUAUAUAAAUAUAUAUAUAUAUAUAUUUAUUUUUUAAUAUCUUUGACAUAUAUUGGUAUUUUAGUAGAGUAACGGUAGUUUUAAUCGGACACUUUUUGCAGAUCGACAAUGAUCGUGACAUCACAUAUAUAGAAUUUAUAUAACGUAAGCGAUGUUUUAGUAAAGGAAAUAUUGAUAUUUCAUAAAAUAUGUUUUUUUGAUAUAAGCAUAUGUGAUGUAGUAGCAUUUGUACGAGCGAUAUCAACCGUAUAGAGGAAUAUCAAAUGUAAUAAUCAAUGAGAGAGUAGAGGCGAAUACGUAGUAUUCGACGAGUAUUGGACUCAAGGUUGUUAGGAAAGUUGCUGUGAUCUUACUUGAAACUUUCUGUCGGUAAUUCUACUGUGUGCUGCAUACGGAAUUGUAUGAAUAAGACUGCAGAAAAAAAUUUAAAAUGACUCUGCGCAAUAUCAUAGGCUUAAUUCAUUGUAACAUUUCACUUUCAUCACAUGACAUUAUCAAAAAUAAAUUGUAUAUAAGUAUUUAUUCAUCAA